AUGGAUGGUGUUAAUAGGAUUAAAAGCGCCGUAUGCAUUCACUCCCACUGUAAAUAUACGUAUGAGCAGUUCAAUGACUUUAUCCGCUUCGAUACAACCUAUCAUGUGAAUAGGUAUAACAUGCCAUUUUCUUCUUUUGUUCGUAUUAAUCGUCACGACCAGUCUAUACUUUUGGGAUGUGCUCUUCUUACCAAUGAGGACGCAAAGAAUUACAAAUUGAAUUUUGAAACAUGGCUAAAAGCCAUGAAACAAGUUGCUCCAAAGGCUAUCUUUACUAACCAAUGUGAAAGCAUUAAGGCAGGUGUUAGUGAAGUUUUUGAAAAUGAUACAAUUCACAGAUAUUGUAGUCAAUACAAAGUAGCCAAGUAUGAAUUCAAAAACAUUGUCCUUGAUAGCAUUACCAGUGAAGAGUUCGAGCAAAGAUGGGGUGAUUUUAUUGUGAAAUAUGAACUAAAAGAAAAUAAUUUGUUCAGGUUAAACACACUAUACAGGGGGAACAUUUUGACUGCAAUUGCAAGUGCUUUGAAUCAAGGGGGAUGGUUUGCUGUCAUAUACUUAAGCAAAAUGAUGAUGGAGCAUCAUAAGAUGGAGGAAGAGGAAGGGGUACUGCAAAUCGACGGCGCGCCGGUUCGACAAGAGCAAGAAAUGAGCAAAAUGGUGAUGGAACGUCACAACAUGUGGGCUGCUGGAUCUCAAUCUCGAUAG